UUUUCGAUGAAAGUUCCGCGCGAAUCCGACAAGGUAUAACAGAAUAAUAUUUGGUUUACUGAAUUUCAAACUGCUGUUGGCAUGGCUUUUGCAUCGAAGUGGUUCCUGUUAUUAUACCUCGGUUUAUGCGCGGCAUGGAUGGACGAGAGACCUGUUUUGGAGUCUCGAGAUGGACAUCUCAUAAUCUCUAGUGCGAAGGACAGAAACAUUACGCUGAAGCUAAUGGGGGGCGGUUACAUAAACGUUAAUGACAUCAAUCUGCUUCACGUAGCGUCGGCGGCGCAAAAUGCGACGCGGGUCAUCGACAGGUGGCGGAUGGGAUAUUUAGCCGAGAUGGAGAACUCUCUUUACCAACUAACGACUAUAGUGACAGGCGCUACAGGCUUACAGAGAAGAGUCUCUCUGCUUGAGAGAAGUAUCGACAUGAACAGUACGAUUCGCGCAGGAAACAGAUCACGUAUACCGACUUUUAAUCCAAUAGCGGGUAUAACCAGAAGCACUAUUCGUCGUAUCAACGCCCGACUUAAGGCAUUAGAGGACUCAGUGAGAGCUAUGCAAGCACUACUUCGAGAGAACGAAUGUCAGAGUCACCCUUGUCAAAAUGGAGGUACUUGUGAGGACCUCUAUGAUGCCUAUCAAUGUCAUUGUCCAUCAAAUUGGGAGGGCCCGAAUUGUAUGACGGACGUUAACGAGUGCGCUAGAUUUCUUGGUACGGAUCUUGGAUGUCAAAACGGAGCAACUUGUCGUAAUUCUCCUGGAUCUUACCGAUGCGACUGCUUGCCGGGAUGGUUUGGUCUUCAUUGUACGCAGAAAACAUCGAUUUGCAAUACAGAGAAUUCCGAAGCGCUUUGCGGCGAGCACGGUGUAUGCGUCGCCAAAAGCGGUUCUGCACUUGGAUAUACGUGCAUUUGUGAUCAAGGAUGGGAAAGCGAUGGCACAACCCCAGCUUGCACCAAGGAUGUAGAUGAAUGUGCAGCGGCCCAUCCACCCUGCUCCGUAAAUCCACCGGUACCAUGUCUCAAUACUCGCGGCUCAUUUACUUGCGGUGCUUGUCCGCACGGCUAUAGCGGAAAUGGUUAUUAUUGCACCGACAUUGACGAGUGUCUUAUUAACAACGGCGGCUGCAGUACUUCCCCUUAUGUACAAUGCAUGAACACAAUGGGUUCUAGAACGUGUGGAGCUUGUCCCUCAGGGUACCGCGGCGAUGGCGUGAGUUGCAUUUUUGUUGGUGGUUGCGCCAUCAACAACGGCGGAUGCCAUCCAUUAGCUACCUGUACCGAGAAUCCAUCGCUUACAAGUUCUUACGUUCUGUGCCGUUGCCCACCGGAUUACGUCGGUAAUGGAAUGGGACCAAACGGCUGCCAAUUAUCUGAUGUAUCACUUAAUACAGCGUGUUCUAGCAACCUCUGCGUUCAUGGCACAUGCGUGCCAUACGGUGCAAAUGACUACACUUGCACAUGUAACCCGGGAUACUCAGGAGCUACGUGCAACAUACCGACUGAUCCGUGCUCGCCAAAUCCUUGCCGAAAUAACGGUAUUUGCAUUGUCUUAAGCGGACGGGCAACAUGUCAGUGUACGACUAGCUUCACAGGAAACAGGUGCGAAACGCCACGGCAAGCGUGCGGCGGUAUGUUACGGAAUCCCACGGGAACAGUUCAGUUUCCCAUAGGCGGUAGUACUUACCAGCAUGGAUUGAGUUGCGCCUGGGUGUUAAAAACGGACUCCUCUAAAGUUCUGAACGUCACCUUUACGGCUUUUAAUAUCGAGCAGUCUACAGAUUGCAAGUUUGAUUUUCUACAGAUCCAUGAUGGUGAAAACACUGGCACUCAAUUGAUUAACCGAUUCUGUGGUCAUGAAUUGCCUAACGGAAACGGGACAAUCAUCUCAUCCCAUAAUACUCUCUACUUGUGGUUCCAUUCGGACAACAGCAUAUCUCAUGAUGGAUUUACCUUUCAUUGGAAUAGCAUCGAUCCUGUUUGUGGAGGUGUUUUAGAAAAUAAUUUCGGUACCAUCAUGUCUCCAGGUUCGCCUGGAAAAUAUCCUCCGAACAGAGAUUGUUUCUGGAGAAUCACUGUCGCUGCCUCGAAAAGGAUUCAAUUCCAUUUUGGUCAGCUGAUGCUCGAGCAAAAUUGCCAAAACGACUAUGUGGAGAUUACUGGUAUAGAAGAAAAACGUUUAGGACUUUUUUGCAAUCACACUCGUCCACCACCUUUGAUUACACCGAGUUCUGAAGCAACUGUUCAUUUUCAUUCUGAUAGUUCUAAGCAAGAUGCUGGCUUCCAAAUCCAUUACUCGACGAUUGAAGGUUCACCUGGUUGUGGUGGAAUUUAUACCAGUGCCACUGGACUAAUCAGUUCACCAGGUCAUUCGGCGGCUUAUCUGCCAAAUAUGGAAUGUGAAUGGAAGAUACAAUUGCCAGUAGGCGAACGAAUUCGAGCGUCAUGGCUGAAAUUUAAUAUCGAAACUUCCUCCAGUUGUCAGUUUGACUUUGUCGAGAUUUAUGAUGGACCUGACACGAAUUCUCAAUUACUCGGUAGAUACUGCGGUUCGGAUAUGCCGCCAGCAAUCAAGUCAAAUUCGAACAAAUUAGUUGUACUUUUUAAAUCCGAUUGGUCUUACGAAUCGGAAGGUUUCACAUUGUCGUAUGAAACUUUAUGCGGCGGCGAAUUCCAUGAGGAUACCGGAAUUAUCAAGUCGCCCUUUUAUCCGAACCCUUAUCAUCAUUCGACAACGUGUAUUUAUGAGAUUAUACAACCGUCCGGCAAAGGAAUCAUAUUAACUAUGGAAGAUAUGGACAUUGAAGGCAGAGACCAGAACUGUUACUACGAUUACGUCGAGAUUUUCGACGGUGAUAAUGAAAAUGCGACGAAUCUCGCCAAAUUAUGCGGCGACGAAGAAAACAUGCCAGAUACUCCUUACUAUUCCACGCAUAAUUUUAUGUACAUAAAGUUUACCACCGAUAACAGCAUCGAUGGUCGAGGUUUCAAAGCGAACUACACAACCAUCGAUCGUAGAUGUGGUGGAUUGCUGAAGCAACCAAGCGGGGUAAUUCAGCCUCCUCUUGAAAACGGAUUUUAUGUGGAUAACGAGGAAUGUAUCUGGACUAUUCAAGCACCGCCAGGAUAUGUAAUACAACUCACUUGGAUGUCAUUUAAUUUGGAAUACCAUGUUCAUUGUGUCCACGAUUACGUCAACAUUUACGAAAACUAUACCUUGUCCGACAAAAACAUAAUAGCCACGUAUUGCGGUACAACUAAACCACCUGACUUAACGACACAGGAUAGUACACUAACCAUACUCUUCCACACUGAUUCGAGUGUUACAAGCGAUGGAUUCGUUGCUACAUAUAUUUUCAUGGAUAUGUCGAAGGUCUGCGGCGGUCAUUAUUCGAAAGAAAAUGGCAUUAUUAAAUCGCCAAAUUAUCCCGAUCAUUAUCCAAACAAGAAGGAAUGCGUUUGGAUUAUCGAAGCACAAAACAGACAUAGAAUAAUUCUUACGGUUAAUCACUUUGAAUUGGAAAGACAUGCAUCUUGCGUAUUCGAUUACUUAGAAAUUAGGAAUGGUGGAUACGAGUCCUCGCCGUUAAUUGGCAAAUUCUGUGGCAAAGACAUACCCACUGAAAUACCGAGUCAAGCCAAUCAAAUGUAUAUUAGAUUUGUUUCGGAUUUUUCGAGAUCAUGGCCAGGUUUCGAAAUACAAUGGAAUAGCGCCACAGAAGGAUGUGGUAGUACACUGACCACAGUUACUGGGGAUAUUAUAUCUCCAAAUUAUCCUGAACCUUAUUCAGCGAACGCGGAUUGCUAUUGGAAGAUCGCUGUGGCGGCGGGUAGUUUAGUGCAACUUGUAAUAGUGGAUCUCGAUCUUGAACAACAUGAGAAAUGUCGAUAUGACUUUAUCGAAAUAUAUGACGGCAUUAGUUAUCGCACAAAUGGAAGACGUUAUUGCGGUACCUCGUAUCCGAAGAUUAUUCAAUCCGAAUCCAAUCAAAUGACCGUUCGGUUCCGCAGCGACUUCAGUAAUUCCGGCCGCGGUUUCCAUUUGAAAUACGAAACGCAGUGUUAUUUAACUGAUGAUUCAACUGAACGACACAAAUUACAUGGCUACUACGGCGUGAUAGAAUCACCGAAUUUCCCUAACAAAUAUGAGCACUCAACAAACUGCAGUUGGAUCAUCGAAGCACCAAUUGGUAACACGAUUAAUCUGACUUUCUCACACUUUGAUCUCGAAGGAACAACAGAGCAGUGCACAUAUGACUAUCUCCAAAUCAUGGAAGGCGACGAUGAUAAGGCCAACAACAACCUGACUCGACUCUGUGGGAGUAUCGAUCUCCCAAAGAAAAUUAAUUCAAUGCAACAUCAAGUGUUUAUAACGUUUGUUACGGACUCCUUUAUUGCCUUCAAUGGUUUCCGGCUCGAAUGGACGGUCCAUGGUUGUGGCGGGCAUUUGACUAAACCGUAUGAUACUUUCACGUCGCCUGGAUAUCCGUCAGCUUAUCCGACGAAUGUUGAGUGCGAAUGGCUGAUCGAAGUGGAUUAUACGCACAGUGUCGAGCUUACAUUUUACGACAUAAACACUGAGAAGCGCAAAGGUUGUAUCUUCGACAAAGUCCAAAUUUAUAAAGGCGACAAACCCGUGAAUGAGUCAAAAUUGACCGAGCUUUGCUACACGGAGAAGCCAGUGACAUACACUAGUCCCGGACACAAAAUGUUCGUCAAAUUUCACUCGGACUCAUCGUACUCUAAUCGAGGAUUUAAUGCUAGCUAUAGGAGCGUUCCUAUUGGAUGCGGUGGUAAAUUUACAGCAAUCUCGGGCAUCAUUCACUCGGCUAAUUAUCCACAGAAUUAUCCGCACGUUCAGAAUUGCGAAUGGCUGCUAGAAGUCGACAGCAAUCAUCUCGUGAAUCUUACGUUCUUGGACUUUGAUGUUGAGAACAGCUGGAAUUGCAGUGAUGAUUUCGUUGAGAUCUUUGAUGGCCCAACGAAAAAUAACUCGUUAUUGGGAAUACAUUGCAGCAAUCAAUUACCACCGAUCUAUCUUUCGAGUAGUAAUCAAAUGCUAGUAGUUAUGCAGAGCGAUAGUAUAAUUUCAGCCAAAGGUUUCAAAGCUCAAUAUAGUAGAGCCUGCGGUGCUCGUAUAAUUGUUAAGGACCACGGUUUUCUUACACCUCCGGUUGGCAAUUCCGACACACAUGGGGACACUAAUUGUACAUGGAUAUUAAUAGCUGAAGAUCCAGCCGACCAUAUAACUAUUACUUUUACGCAUAUGGAGAUUGAUCCAAUUGAUGUUACGAACCGAUGGGAGUCUACUGAGUUAAGUCCUUGUUUUUGGCUCUCCCUUCAGGUAUUCGAGGGUGAAAGCAUAGAUGGACCACUUUUAGGAAAAUGGUGCAACAAUGUUGCGCCACCGCCGAUUACGAGUACCGGAAGUUCGCUCACGCUGCAUUUAGCCAUACACUACGAAUUCAUAGGUCACUUCGUUGCUACGUACUCCGUACUGAAUACAGCUUGCGGUGGAAAUUAUACAUCCGAACAAGGAAUAAUCACCUCGCCUAGUUAUCCGAAUAGUUAUCCCCUGAACGCAGAAUGCGUUUGGAUACUAAAUACUUCUCCCGGUAACAAGAUUACUCUCGUAUUCUCUGAGUUCGAUAUCGAGUCGAGUGAUAACUGCGAUCUGGACUAUCUUGAGAUACGGGAGGAUAACGGAAUCGGAAAGCUUAUUAGUGUUUCUUGCGGCAAAGAUGCCGCGGAAAUUACGUCCUCCAACAAACUGUGGAUCAAGUUUAAGAGCGAUGGUUCCGGUACUGCCAAGGGUUUUAAGGCUGAAUAUAAUAUCCUCGGAGGGAACGAACUCGAUGGGUUUACAGGACGCAUUACCUCGCCGUUGUAUCCAUUACCGUAUAGGCGAAGUGCUUCGUUCUCAUGGCGCAUUACUGUUGAAAUGAAUUCGCUCAUACGCAUCACAUUCACAGAUUUGCAGAUAGAAAACAUCGGCGAACAUUGUUUCUCUAAUAUCAAAAUAUAUGAUGGAUAUGAUAACGAAGCAGCAACUUUACUAGAAGUAUGCGGCUAUUCUUUGCCAGAUCCAGUAGAGUCAUCCAGCAAUGUGGUUUACAUCAUGAUGUCAACGGAUUUUGUCAGGCAGGGAAAUUGGUUUGAUCUCACAUGGCUUCAAAUACCAAAAAACACUGAACAGGGAAAUAAGGAAAUCAAAUUGUCAGAGUGCAACAAAGAAAUAGCUUUAAUGGGUGACCGCAACAACACGUAUUCCUUCAGUUCUCCUGGUUGGCCGACCGGCUAUGCUGCCAAUUUGCAUUGCAAUUGGGUUUUCACAUCGCCACCUGGAACACAUUUAGUAUUGAGAAUAAUGACCAUGGAUUUGGAAGAAACUAAUAAUUGCGUAGCGGAUUCAGUUUCCGUUUAUUCGGGAUACGCAUUGACAUCGACAACCGAUGCUCAUCUGGAAAGUAAAUUAUGCCUGGCAAACGCCAGUAUGUCCUUAGUCAGCGGGACCAAUGUGAUGACGGUGAAAUUCGACACGGAUAUGUCCGUUAAUAAAACCGGAUUCAACGCCUACGUAUAUCGAGAGUGCGGAGGUCAAUUAACUGAUCCCAACGGCGUAAUUGAAUAUGAUAAUUCUUCUUAUGUGAAAGCGAUUCGCACAUGGCAUUUCACAUGUGAGUGGACUGUAACAGUGAGACCCGGCAAAUUUAUCAAAGUUGAGAUUACCGAUAUGUCGAUACAAGAAAUGCCCGAUCAUACAUGCGGCGACAAUUACUUGAUGUUAAAAAAUGGAGACGGAAUGCUCUCGCCUCUGUUAGGCAACGGAAAGUAUUGUGGUGAAGUAAUACCAGCGGAACUAGAAACCACCGGAAAUCGUUUUUAUGUUAAAGCUACUGGCAGCGGAAAUCAUUUUCGCUUUAAGCUUACUUACAGAGAAACAAGUAUGAAUUGUGGUGGCGAAUUUGUCUUGACAAGCAAGCAGAAGAAAUGGGAGAUAACAUCGCCCAACUAUCCAAACAUCCCUCCAACUUAUGCCGAAUGUAUUUGGAAAGCUAGUGCUCCAGCUGGUGAAAAGCUCACUAUCCAUUUCUUGGAUAGAUUUGAUUUGAGUAAUUCCGAGAAUUGCGACAGAGAAUACGUUGAAGUAAGGGAUGGUGGAACCGACAGCUCGCAACUUAUGGGAAAAUUCUGUAAAGACGUAGCACCCAGUAGUAUGAGUACUAUUGGCAACAUGGUAUAUAUCCAUUUCUAUACGGAUGUACCAGAACCUAAGAAUGGUUUCAAAGCUGUAAUUGUUUCAGGAGAGGUUUGUGGCGGAAUUUUGCGCACUACCACAGGCGUCAUUGAAUCUCCGAAUUAUCCGAAUCCAUAUCCUCAAAACCAAAGCUGCUCGUGGUUAAUAGUAGCGCCGACAGAUCAUACCUUGAAAUUACAAUUUCGUGACAUAAAUCUUCCUGGCUUUCGAGGAUGCUCAACCGAUCACGUUAACAUUGGAGAAAAACUUAUAGAAAAUGACACUAUUUCAAUAAUUGGUACUUAUUGCGGUCUUCAAAAACCGGAUGUAAUCGAGACAUCGACAAACAAAGCGUAUGUGAACUUCGAGAGUGAUAACAGAGACUUUGUCACUUACCACGGCUUCAGUCUAAACUUUACCGCUAGUCAAGAAACGUGCGGUGGUUCAUUAAACGCACUGAAUGGAAUAAUUAAAUCACCCGGAUAUCCUAAUCCACGGACAAGAGCAAGAUAUUGCGAUUGGCGAAUCGAGUUACCGGUGGGUUAUCAAGUUGUGGUGAAUAUUUUGGAUAUAGACGUUGUUAGUGGGCCUGGACCUACUCAUGUGGGGUAUGCACUUUCGUUCUAUAACGAUUUCCGCUUUAAAUCGAAAAUCAAAGUCUUAGGACAAGGCGCUACUAGUAUGGAGGAGAUAAGAAGUUCCAGUAAUACUAUGAUUAUUGGCUAUUGGUCCUCUGCCGGACAUCGGGGUUUCAAACUUCGAUACACGGCUGAGGCUCCGGCUCCUUGUGGUGAAACUCUGAGAGAAGUUCAAGGCAAUAUAACAGGUCCUACAAUUCCGCCUUUUAAUCAAUCUUCAUAUGUUUGCCACUGGAAAUUGCUACCACCCGAAAAUAUGAUCUCUCCCGUCGGGGACAGCCGCUUGACAAUGACAAUGAAAGUCACUGGUCUUUUGGGCGGACCUGAGCGAACCAGUAUUAUUAGAAGAAAUUGCAUCUAUCCUCAAUAUAUUGAAGUUCAGGAUAUUGGAAUGUUAUGUGGAAAUAUAACAGAACCGAGAUAUUUGAGAAGCCCGAAAUUACUCAACGAAUUAACGAUAAUGAACGGAACUUAUGGAAGACGUAUGGAUUUCACUUUACAAUAUCAAUGGCAGGCUUGUGGUGGUAUAUUACGAGGUCCAAGACACACCAUCAGAUCACCUACAAACAUUUCUUAUCCGAUAAACUGUGUUUGGCACGUAGAUUAUCCUGAAGAAGAAACGAUCAAGCUCACUUUUACCAAACUUGAACUUGAAAGUAACUGUGACAGGAAUUAUCUCAUUAUCAGGAAUGGCGGACCAACGGCACCGCAGAUCGCAAAGCACUGCAUCCAUACCACAACUGAACUUGAAAAAUACAAUAUUAACAGUAUAUCGAAUCAGCUAUGGGUAGAAUAUUUUGCGUCUGAGGGUUCUGGCAGUUUCGAAUUUGAUGUAGUAAUUGCCACCGCAGGCUGCGGUGGAUCCUUACACGGUCGCAGCCGCGAAAUCGCAUCUCCGGCAUUUCCUAAACAGUAUCCAAAUAACGGCGAGUGUACUUGGGAAAUAAUAGGUGACAAUGGCUAUCACAUAGGUUUAAUCUUCGUCGAUCGGUUUAGCCUGGAAACCAGUUCUAAUUGCGAGAAAGAUUAUGUGCAGGUAUUUGAUUGGGUCAGAGAACAAGGAAAUUAUGACAAUGGCGAAUGGAAGAGUCUCGGAAAAGUUUGCGGCAGGAAUACGCCUACGCCUUUUAAUUCGACAACGAAUCGCAUGAAGGUGAUUUUUCAUUCGAACGAGGCAGUACAAGCGGACGGUUUCCAUGCUGUCUGGAGCGAGAAUUGCGGAGGUGUAUUUCAGGCGACCGAGAAAGUUAACGUCAUCCAAUCGCCGUCGUAUCCAAAUCUCUAUCCAAACAGCAUUUUCUGUAACUAUACUAUCGUUGCGCCAAACGACGAUAUUGUCAUCGAGUUCACUGACUUCCAGCUUGAGCGCGGUCGCGGAGGAGAUUGUCGUUUUGACAACGUCACUGUCAUAUCGGAAAGUAUGUACUUUACAGAGGAUGUGGAAAGUUAUUGCGGCAACAACAAGCCACCACUUUUGAGAUCCUUAUCACGGAUAGGAAUUAUCUUCGCGACAGAUAAAUAUGUGCAGCGAAGUGGCUUCCAGUUUAAAUAUUUCCUCAAUAGAUGCGGUGGUAUAAUCACACGACCCACCGAACUUAAGCCUUUGAUGCAUGGAGAGGAAUACUUUGGACGUAUGAAUUGCACUUGGAUCAUUAAAGCGCCGCAAGGAAAGAGUGUACUUGUGCGCUUCGAGAAAUUCAUUCUAGAGUAUUCCACCAAUUGUUAUUUCGAUAACGUCGCCGUUUACGAGGGUGAGUUCGUUCAAGAGGAUAAACGACAUGCUCUGAUUUGCGGAAACUUGACUGGUAAUUUACCAACAUUUAAAUCAGAGUCCAAUUCUAUGGUCGUUAACUUUAAUGCCGACAGCUCGAGGCACUACGAAGGUUUUACAGCCAAGGUGUUAUUUACGACAAGUCCAGUUAGUGGUUGCGGAGGAUUAAUCAAUUUAACUUCGAGUCAAUCUAAAUCAUUCAGAACUCAACAAGCGGCAACUUAUGAACCAUUUGAAGAAUGCCAUUGGACUGUGGUUACAUCGCCGGCCAAAACUAUAAUAUUUACAAUCAAUAGCAUAGAUAUCAAAAACUCAAUUAAUAAUAUCACUCGACGUGAUAAAUGUAGCGGUGAUUAUCUUGAGGUUCGAGAUGGUGGUGGACCUUAUGCCGAACUUAUUGGUCAAUUUUGUGGGAGUUCAGUGCCAUCUCCUCUGGUAUCCACCUCAAACAAAUUGUGGAUUAGAUUUUAUUCUGACGGCACUUCUCAAGGUGCUGGUGCAACAGGCACUUUGGAGACUAAUGAUGCAUUGUGCGGCUUAGGUACUCGAGUAGUAAACGAGACAAAUCAUGUACUUACUUCGCCGAAUUAUCCAAAUACGCAUUUAGCUGGAACAUUAUGUCGCUGGACCUUGAAAUUUACCGGUGAAUAUAGUGAUAGACUGCGAAUACGAUUUAUAGAUUUUGAUUUGAUGGACUCUAACAAGUGUGAAUACGAAUAUUUAGAAAUUUCUGAACAAAACAAAUACAUAAAUGAAGGCUUCGGAACAAACUUCAUAUACAGUGGUGUGAAAAACCAUCCGAUUAGCGUCGAAAUGGGUAGCCGUUUACCUCUCGGCUCGUACAGAUAUUGUGGCAGCGCAUUACCACACGAAUAUUAUAGUUACAACAACGAAGUCAAAGUGACAUUUAGAUCGUUGUCCAAUGAUCACAGAGGCUUUAAGCUCGAAUACAGCACAGCGAGUUGCGAUCGAAAUUACACGAGCGAGCAGGGACGAAUUUUCCAUAACGGAUUUACAAGUUGCUGGAUCACGAUCACCGUUCCGGCAAACCACACCAUUUCUUUGUACUUCAAUCAUUUCAGCAUUUACGAUGGAGAGCAGUGCACGCGCAACGGUCUACAAGUACAUGAGGGUGACUCAAGUGGACCGCUUAUAGCGACACUGUGCAGCACGAUGAUGCCAAGCCCGAUUUUCAGUAGCGGCAACAAACUCACUUUGCACUCCUGGACCGAGAUCGCCAGCUCUUAUCAAAGUUAUGACAUCAUUUACACGACCACGGAUGCAGGUCGAGGUUGCGGCGGACGUAUAUUCAAUUACGGAGGCAGAUUCACCUCGCCAUUGUAUCCCAAUAUAUAUCGCAAUAAUACUGUGUGCACUUGGGACGUAAGCGUACCGCGAGGUUUCAAGAUCAUUCUCCAGUUUCUUGUCUUCGACAUCGGCACAAAGAAGACCUGCAGCAGCAAUAAUCUCAAAAUUUAUGACGUUGUACCCAGCGGAGAACUCUUACACAGCACUUAUUGCGGCGGAGAUGAUCCAGCAAGACUCGAGGCUGAUACCGAUCGAAUUCUUGUUAAAUAUACUUCGACAGUAAACAAUAUUGGAACAGGAUGGGUUAUUGCAUUUAUGGCACAAUCGACUGUGCAUCCCAUCGACAUAAUGGAAAUAAACUGGUAAAGGAGACAUUAUCAAGACUGCAAAAAGUAACGUUUUUAAAUAUAAAAUUUAGAGCCAGA